AUGAGUCUCUCCACUAGAAAGGUUUCGCCGCUAGAGGGGUUAAGAAGCAAUGGAGACAAAAAAUCCGAGGUUUUGGUCUUGCGGGAAAGAGGAAAUAGCACUGCGUCUUUCGAAAGUGUGAAAACCACGGAAAGAUUGCUGGACCGUCUUGAUUUGAGUGAAGACGACGAAGCAUUGCUGCAACAAGCCCUCAAGGAAGCACACGCUCAAAACUUGGCUGGUGUCACUCUCAAAAAUUAUGAAAAUCGUGCAGUUUGCGUUCCAGCGUCAGCAUUCCCAUCUUUGAGGAAAAGUAGCGGAUCAAGUGUUCAAUCUGAUGGAAGUGAAUACAAGCCACUUAUGCAUAUAUUGAAAGAGCUAUCUGAAAAGGAGAAAAUUACGGUCUCGAAGAAAAAACAGGUGGAGCUGCAUUUGCCUAGAAGCAGAUAUUCGUAUUUUGUUGAAGAAGACAGUGAUGAGGAACAGAACGGGGCAGUUUUGGACACCCAGGCCGGCACAGUAAACUUUGAGCGCUUUAGAUCUAAGACUGCGACCGGGCCAACAUUGUCAAAAUCAGUAUCUCAUACCUCGGAACCCGAUAUUAUCAAUAAUUUUUCAUCCACACCUCAACGGCUCACAUCAAAGAACACGGGUCUCAAUUCGAAGGAUUAUCACUUGGCUCAUAUACAGGGAACGGGCAGUUCUACUUCAUUAGAAACUAAAGGUCUCAUAAAGCGCAGUACCCAGUCUUCAAUAGACAGUGACGUAUCCGGAGAGAGCGAUAAGAAAUCCCAACAUGUAGAUGAAGCGCCACGUUGGAUAUUUACGACUCCCAUGAAACCAGGCUCCGCUUCUUCUUCACAACAAAAUUCACUAUCGCCUUCAAAACGGUCGAGCCAACAGAAAGGGCAUAAGAAAACGCCAUCAUCUUUUUUCAAAAAUUUCUUCAAGUCUCCCAAGAUCACUGAUUCGCGACCUGAGAUGGUAAAGGUUAAAUCCACAGGCUCGACACCUAAUUCGACACCAAGCUCGACUCCAACGAGUGCGAAAUUCAAGUUCCCAUCUAUUCAAACGGAGGCACUUCGUUCCUCAGAGUCACGUAACAGUCCUCCACUAACAGCAUCAUCAGACUUAACUCCACGAUUCCCUCCUCGUGCCAAAAAUUCGCAUUUUGACCACAAUAGAGCUUCAUCGGAUCCCAAUGUUCUAGUUUCACGCAGAAAUGAGAUGGAGGGAACUAAAGGCGGUGGUCGCCGUAACAAACCCGACACGCACAUUUAUGGUCUGGUGCGGCCUAGGACACACGAAACGACAAUACGACAAUCACAAAACGACGUACCGCCGAACGCUGACGCCAGGAUCAAGAUGGUGAUAGAGCUCAGAAACCGUGGUAACCUAAAGGCAUCGACGGAGCAUUUGAAAGCGCUAUGCGGGAUGCAAAACCCGACCGGAUAUCUUCUUUUUGGACUAGCGCUGAGGUAUGGCUCAGGCGUCGACAAAGAUUACUCGCAAUCACUCAUGUAUCUCAAAAGGGCCGCUGAUAUCCGUUCAGAAGAGGACGAGAUAUUUUCUCUGGACAUGGAUCCCCUCAAGCUCACAGAUGUCCCACACGUGCCGCCAGAACCCCAGGCUCCUGCACUCUACGAGUGCGGCAUGUCCUAUCUCAAGGGCUACGGUGUAGACGAAAUGGACGAGAUCAAAGGAAUCAAGUACCUCGAAAAGGCUGCGUCUUUGGGCCAUCUUGAUUCCAUGUGCUUGAGUGGCACGCUGUGGUCCAAAAGCUCCGCAAAAAGGGCCAAAGACAAAUCCCGCGCCGCGGCGUGGUUCCGAUUGGCUGAUAGAAGAGGAGCAGAUCUCAUAGGUGCCGAUUGGAUAUACAAAGACAAGUACCAGAGUCGAAGCAUCGACAGUUUGUAA